AUGACGGUGUUUUCGAAAUCAGCUGCGUUUGCCAUCACCGCCCUUCUGGCGGUGGCGGCAGAUGCACACAUGAUCAUGCGAACUCCUGUGCCAUACGGCAAAUCGACACUCAACAACUCCCCACUGGAUGGUGGUGGUGCCGACUUUCCCUGCAAGCAGCGCCCUGGCGUCUACGAUGCCGAGGGUGCCAGCAAUGUUGCGGCCAUCGGCGAACCCCAGACUCUCAGCUUCAUCGGUGGUGCAACCCAUGGUGGUGGAUCGUGUCAAGUCGCCCUGAGUACCGAUCUGCAACCUACCAAGCAAUCGAAGUGGAUGGUCAUCAAGAGCAUCAUUGGUGGAUGUCCUGAUGCCUUUCCUGGCAAUCUGAAUGGCGAUGCCAGCAGCACCGAGUCUGCGACAUUCCAGUACACCAUUCCCGAAGGCAUCGCUCCCGGUGAUUACACCAUCGCCUGGACUUGGUUUAAUCAUAUCGGAAACCGCGAGAUGUACAUGAAUUGCGGGCCUAUGACCGUCACCGCUGCGAAGAAGAAGCGAUACGCACCUGCUCCCAAAGUCUCCAAGAGACAAGCCAGCUUUCCCGAUAUCUACGUGGCGAAUAUCGACAACAAACAGUGCCAGACACCCGAGAACGUGGACCUGAUUUUCCCCAAUCCUGGCGCCUACGUCCAAACCGCUGGAAGCGGCCCCUAUGUCACAGCUACCUGCGACCUCGGGAACAACGCCAACAAUGCUGAACAACCAACUGCAUCCGUUCCUGCGGUUUCUGGGAUCGCUACCAGUGCUGCUGUGCCCACUGACGCCCCUGCUUCCGCACCCACAUCCGCACCUGGUUUCGCCUACGGCAGUUCUGGUCAACUUCCGCAAGCCACCGGCGGUGGUAACGAUGGAAAAUACUCCGCUGGUAGCCCUACCGCUGGUAGCUUCGCAAGUGGCGCAGUCUCGGUACCUAGUCCUGCUCCUGCUCCAUCUUCCUCUGCUGACGGCCUCCAGGUCAUUCCCACCUCAGUUGCCGCGGGCCUAGCCGCCACCCCUGCUGUUCCGGUUAGUCCCUCACAGACCGUGACCGUGCCGCGAUACACUAACACUUCUGCCCCUCAGAUCGCUCCUGGUAAUGUUGCUGCACCGACUGGAACUGCUUCAGUCUCCACUGGUAGCUCUUCAGGCGUCUCCGCUGGGGCUGCAGGCCAGCUCACCGGUCCCUGCUCGAACGAGGGUGAUUGGAACUGCAUUGACGGCUCAAGUUUCCAGCGAUGCGCGUCUGGAUCGUGGAGCGCGACCAUCCCACUGAGCGGCAUGAAAUGCACUCCUGGCGAGACUGGCAACAACAACUUCGCCAUGACACCUGCAAAGGCCAAGCGGUUCGAAGCUUGA